UGUACUUCCGGUCUCGUGUAACCAACCACGCUGUGGCACGUCAAUGUUAUGUAGCGUCUUUUAGAAAAAUGUCCAUACAAGCGACUCUUGUUUUUCUCUGCUUAAUCAUAUCCUCUUCUCUUGGUCAAACCACAGAAGAUGAGGACACGACACACGCCUUUGACCCAGAAGAGCAGUUUCUAGACAUAUUCCCGCUGACGAAUGAUAAUUUCACAAGCAGCGUGUUGAGGUCCAGUGAUGCAUGGAUAGUCCUCUUUCACCGCGGACAGUUGAAAAAAAGCUGGAAGUCGAUGGCCGUCAAUCUGAGGGGCGUAGUGUGGGUGGGUAUGGUAGACACACGUGACCAAGCGGACCUAAUGGAAAACAUGAAGUACAAAGUAAACCAUGACCCUGAGGCACGAGUAUAUCCACACGGACCAAUGUCCAUCAAGCAAAAAUCCUGGGUAAAUGCCAAGAAUCCAAAUGAAGCUCGUAUGUUAGCGGUGGAUUCCAUUCCGGACAACUCACUCCGGAUCAAAGGAAAGAAUCUGCAGGAAUUCCUAGUGGACUGUUUUAUGUCCAAGCCUUCUCGCUUCCCCCUCAUCCUCCUGACGGAGGAGACGGAUACCCCAGUCCUAUUUAAGGCUGUGUCAUACAGAUUUAAAAAAUAUUUCAAUGCAGCACGGAUUGUCAGACCGACUCUGGAUGAUUUCGAAGCCCUGGGAAUGGAAGACAGUUUUUUUGAGACGCCACUAAUGUUUAUUCUUCUCCCGGAGGUCAAUGACAAAGGGACCAAGGCAACCAAGGACAUGGGCUUCAGUGCCGUGAUGUUUGACACCAAAAAAAUGGGAGACCUAAACUAUCCCAACAUUCUGCAAUUCUUGUUUGGGGUGAAUAAUUCUUACAGACACACCCUGCCUGGUGAUAACCAAUCAAAUGAUCAGGAGGUAGCAGAGAUGUCAGAUCUCGGAAAUAUAGAGAGCAAAAGAUUCGAAAUGGUAAAGCCAAAAAGAAAAGUUAAAAGUAAUGACGAUAACAGUGUCAAAUUCACAAAGACUAAAACAAUGGAUGGGAAAAUCAAGGACGAGUUAUAGGUCAAGGACAAAUUAUAGGCAAUAAUUCAAACAUGUAAAACACUCUGAUGCAUCAUCCUCAUCUCUAGAAAGCUUGCCAGUAAAUGUGUACAGCGAGAUACAGAUGACUGACUUCUACAUUUCUAAGCUUGAUGCUGACCAUAUUAUAUUGAUCAGUACAACUUGUGAUCUCAUCCAACCAGAAUCAGCCACUAAAAAAAAAGAAGCGAACACUUUUUACUUCAGCCUCCUCAGUUAGCAUGUACUGUAAAUCACUUUUAUUUUACGAGACUUUCCUCCAUGUGAGAAUUGCCAGGGGACAUAAGUUUCGUGAAUACAUAAUUUAUUCAACACUGUGUAUAUAUACAUCUUUAAAAAAAACAUUGGCGAUAAUCUUAUUCCUUUGAUAAGACAACUUUACUAAAUUCCCUUGUUUAACUGCAUUCAGUAACUACACAAUUAUUCAAUAUUGAUCUACGCAAUGCUGAUUAUGUGUUUGGUAGAGUUUAAUGUUGCAUAACUACAUGCAUCAACAAUCAUACACAACAAUGAUGAAUCAUUCACAAAUUCCAUGAUAAUGACAAAUUCUUGCUGUUAUAUACUAUGCAAACAUGUUUUAUUUUGUACUUUUGUAAUAAAUAGAAAAUGUGAAACACUA